AUGAAGCAGAGACUUUUAUCGGAAUCAAAUUUAACAUUCGAGAAGGCAGUGCAGAUGACGUCACAGUUCGAGAUGGCGGAGAAGAGCGCGGCGUCACUUUCGGCUGGAAGCAGCGAUGGUCACGGCGGGAGGAUCCAACGCAUGGCGGCGGCAUCAGCUUCAGCUUCACCACGCCCAUCAGGUCAGCAACCCCACCCACGAGGUUCAGCGCAUCACAACACCGGAAGAGGUAGACAACAGCAACAGCCAACAUCGUCUGCAGCGGCGUCGGCGUCAACGUCAAAUGAUAGAGUGCAGUGGCAGUGUUUUUGUUGUGGUGACUUCGGUCACAUCGGCAGGAAUUGCCGUUUUAAAGGUUCGACAUGUCACAAGUGCGGUAAGAAAAAUCAUUUAGCAAAAGUGUGUCGAUCUCAGCAAAACAGUAAGUCACAGUUUCAGUUCCGUAGUAAUAAGAGUGAUUUUAGAUAUAAUAGAAAUAAGCAGCAUAACUAUGUAGAUGAGGUAUCUGAUGAUGUAAGCGUAAAUGAUGAUAUUGAGGAGAGUAUAGGUAAUCUGUUUGGAAUUAGUGAAGGGUCCAGUAAAAUAACUAAGGUUGAUCCUUUCAAAACAGAGGUUAUUCUUGAGAACAAGUCAGUAACUUUUGAAGUUGACACGGGUGCGUCAGUAACUGUAGUAAGCGAGGCUUAUUAUAAAGAUAAUUUGAGUACUUUGAAAUUGUUUCCUACUGACAUAAGGUUAAGCUCGUACACUAAUGUGCCAAUUUACCCUGUGGGUAAGCUAGAGGUAAAUGUUCAGUUCAGAGAUAAAAGCAGGACCUUAGACUUGUACGUAAUUAAGGACGGAGCUCACCCCCUUAUGGGACGAGACUGGAUAAAGGAGUUAGGGGUAGACAUUUCUUUCAAAAAUAAUGAGGAAUUAUUUGUCGCUACAAGUAGUUGUGAAUCAAAGAGUAAACAUGAAAGUUUAGUUAAAGAACUAGUAAAAGAGUUUCCUGAAGUUUUUUCAGAUCAAUUAGGGCAAUGCAAUUGUAAGCCCGUAAGGCUGGUUGUAAAAGAAAAUGCCAUUGCCAAAUAUCAUCGACCCAGAUCACUACCCUACACCCUUAAGGCUAAGGUAGAAAAAGAACUAGAACGUUUGGUGGAGUCCGAUAUUUUAGUCCCAGUUUGCAGUUCAGAGUAUGGAUCGCCUAUUGUGCCAGUUCCUAAAAAGGAUGGUAGCAUUAGGAUUUGUGGGGACUUUAGGCAUGUUAACGCACAAUUAGAAAUUGAUAGGUACCCCAUUCCUAGGGUCGAAGAUUUGUUUACAGAACUACAAAAAGGGGAAUUUUUCAGUAAGAUCGAUCUAAGUCAAGCCUAUAUGCAGUUAAGAUUAGAUGAGUCAUCACAAAAGCUGUGUACAAUCAGUACACACAAGGGGUUGUUUGCGUACAAAAGAUUGCCUUAUGGCAUAGCAUCAGCAGUAGGUAUCUUUCAAAGAGUCAUCGAACAAGCUUUGCAAGGGUUGCAAGGUGUGAAAUGUUUUUUGGACGAUAUAAUUGUAUCAGGACCUAAUGACGAAGUACAUUUAAGUAGACUAAGGGAAGUUUGUUCACGUCUCAAGGCUGUAGGUUUCACAGUGAAACAAGAUAAGUGUAAAUUUUUUGCAUCAAAAUUUGAGUUUUUGGGGUUUACUAUAGACAAACAUGGGCUUCACACCUCGCAAGCCAAGAUAAAAGCGAUUGUCGAUGCCCCUGUACCGAGAAAUGUGACAGAAGUAAAAUCAUUUGUGGGUCUAGUCAACUAUUAUUCUAAGUUUGUCCCCAAUAUUGCGGGUGUUUUGAGACGUUUGUAUGACCUUUUGAAGAAAGAUGUAGAAUUUUGUUUUGGUGACGAGUGUAUGAAAUCGUUUAAGAAAGUUAAAGAGCUAUUGUGUACGGCUCCUGUGCUAGCACACUAUGACCCCCAAGCACCAGUAAUACUAACAGUAGAUGCAAGUAACUAUGGUCUAGGUUGUAUUCUCAGUAUUAUAGACAAAGAUGGUACUGAAAAACCAGUAAGUUUUGCAUCACGUACAUUGAACCAAGCAGAGCAAAACUAUUCACAAAUUGAUAAGGAGGCAUUAGCUGUAGUUUAUGGUGUUAAGAAAUUCCACCAGUAUUUGUACGGGAAGCAUUUUACCCUUAAGAGUGACCACAAACCCCUUAUUAGUAUUUUUGGACCUAAGAAAGGCUUGCCUGUGUUCGCAGCCAGUAGAUUACAGAGAUACGCCCUGUUCCUGUCAGGGUAUGAUUUUGACAUAAAAUAUGUUAGGUCAGACAACAAUAGCGCCGAUGCGUUGUCUAGGUUACCGCUUAAAGUGUCCCCAGCAGACGAGGAACCCGAAUUGUUGUGGUUAGGUACUUAUUUACACUUUGUUAAAGAGAGCUCAGUACCAGUGACAUGUGAUCAAAUUAGAGUAGAAACACAAAAAGACCCGUUAUUACGGAGAGUGUUAGGCUAUGUCAUGUUUGGGUGGCCAAAUUUUGUCCCUAAAGAGGAAUUUGAAUUGUUCCCAUUUUAUCAGAGGAGGGAGGAACUAGCUGUCGAGCAAGGUGUUUUGAUGUGGGGGUACAAGGUAAUUGUUCCUAGUAGUUUGAGAAGUUAUGUUUUGAAUGAACUUCAUGCGUCUCAUCUGGGCAUAACUAAAAUGAAGUCUGUUGCGCGUUCUUAUUUUUGGUAUCCAAGUCUAGACAAAGACAUAGAGAACCUUGCUAACAGCUGUUCGUCCUGUCUUCUUGAAAGACCAAAUCCUAGUAAAGCCGAAUUGCAUCAUUGGCAUUACCCGAGUAGACCAUGGGCUAGGUUACAUGUAGAUCACUUAGGCCCAUUCAAGGGAAAGUUGUAUCUGAUAGUAGUUGACGCACAUUCAAAGUGGCUGGAAGUUUUCGAAACUAGUUCGACUUCAGCCAAUCACACUAUAAAUCACCUUCGUGAUUUGUUUGCACGGUUUGGUUUGCCAGAGUCAAUCCAUAGUGACAACGGUCCUCCGCACACAACAUCGGCUCCGUACCAUGCUCAAAGUAACGGACAGGCCGAGAACUCGGUUAAGUAUGCUAAGUCAAAGUUAAAAUGUGCAUUUAGGGAAAAUGUAAAUACUUCUGUAGCCUUAAGUAGAAUUCUUUUUGACUAUCGCAAUUCUGUGCACAUGACCACUAAUGAGACACCUGCUAUGUUAAUGUUUAAUAGACCUUUGAGAACCCGAUUAGACCUCCUCAGACCUAAUUUGUCUGAGACUGUAAAUAGACAACAACAAGCUCAAAAGAUGUAUGCUAGGGGUAGUAAGACUCAAUAUCUGUUUGAAAACCAAAAUGUAUUGAUUAGAGAUUAUACAUCUAAGGAUAAGUGGAUUGAAGGAUGUGUGGUUAGACAGAUAAGUCCAACUAUGUAUAUAGUUAAGUUAAGUUCGGGUGUUACGUGGAAAAGACACAUUGAUCAGCUGAUUGCUAUCGACAGUGGCCCAGUGUUGACAUCAGAUGCAGACAACAGGCCCACGGCAACUACAGUCAUCGCGCGCCCAGCUGUUCAGAGUACACCAGCUGAGCGUGACGUCAGUCCUAUGACGCGCGAGCUUCCGGGACAUAGUACGCGCUUGUCCCUCUCUCCCACCACUCCGCGGCGCUCUAUGGUUCCACAAACAGCUGAUCGCAACUCACCACCAGCUGUACACCGUACACCUGUACAACACCGUACGUCCACUACACCACAGAGACGUUAUCCCAUGAGAGCUAGGAAACCAGUCGAGAGAAUAGAUUUAUAA